ACACGUGGGCGGGGCCUGACUGGGAGGGGCGGGGUUUCUCGGGGGCGGGGCUUCGUCGAGUUCCGGAGUCCAGUGGCUUUCUUGGACUGGAGAGGAGAUGCAGCCACCGCCCCGAAAAGUGAAGCCGGUUCAGGAGGUGAAGCUUCGCUUCCUGGAACAGUUAAGCAUCCUUCAGACCCGGCAGCAGAGGGAAGCAGAUCUGCUGGAGGACAUCAGAUCGUACAGCAAGCAGAGGGCAGCCAUUGAACGGGAGUAUGGGCAGGCACUUCAGAAAUUGGCUGGACCAUUCCUGAAGAGGGAAGGGCACCGGAGUGGGGAGAUGGAUAGCAAAGGCAGGAUGGUGUUUGGUGCCUGGCGCUGCUUGCUGGAUGCCACUGUUGCAGGGGGCCAAGCCCGACUCCAGGCAUCAGACCGAUACCGUGACCUGGCUGGAGGCACAGGGCGGAGUGCCAAGGAGCAGGUGCUAAGGAAGGGAGCCGAGACCCUCCAGAGGGCACAGGCUGAGGUGUUGCAGUCUGUCCGAGAGCUGAGCCGAAGUCGGAAACUGUAUGGGCAGCGGGAACGUGUGUGGGCCUUGGCACAGGAGAAGGCAGCUGACGUCCAGGCCAGGCUGAACCGAAGUGAUCACGGACUCUUCCACACUCGGACCAGCCUCCAGAAACUCAGUGUCAAGCUGUCUACCCAGUCGGCCCAGUACUCCCAGCAGCUCAGAGCAGCCCGCAAUGAGUACCUGCUCAAUUUGGUGGCCACCAAUGCCCACCUUGACCACUACUACCAGGAGGAACUACCAGCCCUGCUCAAGGCCCUGGUCAGCGAGCUGUUGGAACACUUGAGGGACCCCCUGACCUUACUGAGCCGCACUGAGCUGGAAGCUGCAGAGACGGCCCUGGAGCACGCCCGCCGUGGGGGGCAGGCAACUUCCCAGGUAAGCUGGGAGCAAGACCUGAAGCUCUUUCUGCAAGAGCCUGGAGUGUUUUUCCCCACACCUCCUCAGCAGUUCCAGCCAGCAGGGGCUGACCAGGUGUGUGCUCUGGAGCUGGAGGGGGGCACAGGAGGUGUGGCUGGGGAGAGUGGCCUGGAGAAAGAGGUUCAGCGCUGGACAAGCCGUGCUGCCCGGGACUACAAGAUCAAGAACCAUGGGUGUUGGGUGCUGCAGCGGCUGGAGCAGAGGCGGCAGCAGACUCCAGAGCGUGAGAUUCCAGGCAUAGAACAGCGGCUGCAAGAAGUGAAGGAGAAUAUCCGGCGGGCACAGGUGAGCCAGGUGAAGGGGGCUGCCCGGCUGGCCCUUCUGGAGGGGGCUGGCUUGGAUGUGCAGCGCUGGCUGAAGCCAGUCAUGACUCAGGCUCAAGAAGAGAUGGAGCAGGAGCGAAGGCUCAGCGAGGCUCGGUUGUCCCAAAGGGAUCUCUCUCCUACGGCUGAGGAUGCUGAUCUCUCUGACUUUGAGGAAUGUGAGGAGACAGGGGAGCUCUUUGAGGAGCCUGCCCCAGUGACGCUAGCCACCAAACCCCUUCCUUGCCCUGCACACGUGGUGUUUGGCUAUCAGGCAGUACGAGAGGACGAGCUGACCAUCACAGAAGGCGAGUGGCUGGAGGUUAUAGAAGAGGGAGAUGCUGAUGAAUGGGUCAAGGCUCGGAACCAGCACGGCGAGGUAGGCUUUGUCCCUGAGCAGUACCUCAACUUCCCGGACCUUUCCUCCCCUGAGACUGGCUGUGACAGUGACAUUCCCUCAGGGUCAGAACCCACAGCGUUCCUGGCCCGUGCCCUGUACAGCUACACGGCGCAGAGCACAGAGGAGCUAAGCUUCCCCGAGGGGGCACUCAUCCGUCUGUUGCCUCGGGCCCAGGAUGGAGUGGAUGAUGGCUUCUGGAGGGGAGAAUUUGGGGGCCAUGUUGGGGUCUUCCCCUCCUUACUGGUGGAGGAGCUUCUUGGCCCUCCUGGGCCACUUGAAUUCUCAGAUCCAGAACAGACACUGCCAUCUCCUUCUCCUCCCAGCUUCUCCCCUCCUGCACCCACCUCCACCUUGGAUGGCCUUCCCACACCUGUCCUGCUUGCAGAACAAGAAGUGGGCUGUCCUGGACCCCUGGACAUGAUGGCACCUCGACUCAGGCCGAUGCGACCACCACCUCCCCCGCCAGCCAAAGCCCCAGAUCCUGGCCACCCAGAUUCCCUCACCUGAAGCCAGGGCCAUCACUGCUUCCCCAGUGAUACUGCUGCCCUGACCUCCAAGCUGUGAGAGACCACUAUCCCCUCCAAUGAUACGGAGCACUACCACCCAAAGCUGGAAUUUCUUUUUCUACUCUUCCCCUGGGGCUGGAACCCAACCUCCCACCCCCCAUUCUCCUGCUAUCUCUGGGGCUGGAAAUACCCCUUUCUGUUCUGCCACCAUUUUACCUCUAGAGUGGUGAAAUACCCUGACAUCUCUGGGGCUGGAACCCACUCCCCACAAAGGCUUGCAUGGCCCAUCUGUCUCUACCUUGGCCCAGUGACCUACCCCACUACAGUUGAAGGGUCACUGUGGUUGAGUGUUGGGCCGGGGACAGGCCUGUCAGAAGGAGGUGGAGCCAGUAUGCAAAGCAGCUGUAAUAGUCUGAGCAGAUUUAUUAACAGUGAAUAAAGGGCACGAAGCCCAAGCCAGGGCCUGGGAUUGUUGUGCCAAGAGGGCUGGGGCCUAGGUGCUAUUGCUUUAGGAGCCCACUGAGGGCAGGGGCCUGCUCCCAGCUGUCACACUCUGGCAUAUGGAGCGAGGAGAUGGUGAAGUCAGGUCAGGCAGCCUGUUGGCAGGCAGGGAAGGGGGAAGAAACUGAGGGAUAGGGGUGUGGGGGGGGUACUUCUCACAAGGUCCCCCAGCCUGAGACCUUGCAUUCUUAGGUGGAUAUAGGGCUGGUCCCACAGCUGGGGGGCAGUGCUGUCCAGUGAGGAGGAGGGGCUUCAUGCCUGCCCACCCCUAAGCCCUGCUGGUUGGUAGUCCAUCGGUCAGCACAGUGAAGAGUGAGGCUUGGAAGAGAGGAAGGGAGUGGUAUCCCCUAUAAAGGCCAUGCCUCAGCUCUCCCCCAGGAGCUACAGAACCCUCCUUCUGAGCCUCAGAACUCACCUCACAU